AUGAAUUUGGUAAACUUGGUUUCGAAUGAGCAGGAGCAGCGAAGAAUUCUUCCUCAUCGACCAGUAGUGCCAAUGUGUUGGCUGCGAAAAACGGUACGACGCCGAACGCCAGAUCGGUUACAUUUGUGGACGAAGCAGACACACCAUCCUCUCCGAAGAGCAAACCUAAACCGAAGGAAAAAUCAAAAAACACGAUGGGGGCUACUGCUGCUGCUGCAUAUAACGUUGGAAGCAGCAAGGGCAAGACCACGACCGGGGCGAAAAAGAAGUGAGGCGCGUUUGUGGUUUGUUGUACAAAGAGCUCCAACUUAGAUUGGGUGUCACGCAGGUCGCAGCUGCAGCUCGUCCUUGUGCGAAGGAAGAAGAGUCGAUUUUUAUAUCCAGCAUUCAACUUUAUGAUUUUGUAAUGCGGUAAUUACAUCACGAUUAUACCAGUAGUGAAUCAUCUCUCCCUUUCUCUAGUGCUCCCGCCACCGAAUGAAGAUCUUCGGAAGGAAGUGUAAUUAGGCUCAUGUAGCGCAAUCUAUUUCACCAAGAGCUUCUAUCAAUAUAGCAUUGUGUGUAUAUAAACUGCAAAACACCAAAGUUUAUGAUUUUGUACGUACGCGUUGCUGUAUUGACUCGCCCAACGUACAGCUGCUGCUACAGCUACUACAGACACCAAUAGAAGCAGCUUGUGUCUAAUUAAUUUCGACAACUUCUAUCUAAUUAUAAUGACAGUCACAGUGCCUUCUUCUGGGUCGGCCCAUCAAUAAAAAUGUGUCCCAGGUAAAAUAUGAGUCGGAAAAAAGACAGCCGGACCGUGCGAAGAAACAGAAAGAAACCCUCUUACGGCCGACUGGACAGUUUCAGUUAGGGACAUUGAUACUAACUUUGGAAGACCAUCUUCCAGUGCAAUACUAAUCCCACACUCCUGACUUUGUACAAAUAAUGAGCGUAUACGAAUGUAAGCAGACUGGUCCUAUUGUUAUAGAAAAGAUUUUUAUCUCCUUGUAAAAGAAUCCUUAUCAUUAUCUUACCUUUACUCGAUCAUAGUGUGCUAAUUACCGUGGGGAAAAAGCAGUAAGUAAAGGUAAAGCGAGAAGCGAAACAGACGAACUCACGAGGAAAGAAACUCUGAACAGGACGAAAUGUUGCGUAGCCCGUGCGGUUUUUCCCAACCGCCCGAUAGAUAGAUAGAUAG